AGACAAAGUGAGACAACCAAAGCUGACUAACGUGAAAAGGAAGUGGUCGUUGUAGUUCAAAUUUUUAACUUGUUAUCGUUAAAAAACGGUUAUUUUGACCUUUUGUAAAUAAAAAAUAUAAAUACACAGUAUAAUUAUCAUUAUAAUUUGUUUGAAAUAGGUUGUUUGAUUCAUGGUAUCAACGUAUAUAAGAAAUUGAAAUUGCAAUUCCUUCUAAGGUUUAUCGUGUGUGUCGUGUUACCUGUUUUCUACCUGUUAUGACAACGAUUCUUGCACCUGCUUGGUUGUGAUUUAAUCGUUGUUUAAUAACAAUUAGAAUUUAUUCAAUAUGAAUUCUCUCUCAUGGAAGAAGAUAGAAGAUGAAAAUGGUUUUAUUUAUUAUUUUAAUAAAUCAACUGGGGUGAGACAAUGGGACCAUCCGAAAUUUAGUGAAAUUAAGCAACGCCUCGACGAUUGUAACUACGUGAAGUACUCCAUAUAUAGGGUGGCUUUGAAAUUUCGAGUACUGCAGAACGCAUUAUAUAUGGAUGACGUGCCGCUAUCUGUAGUAUCUGGAGUUUUUGAAAAACAUCGAUUGGGUGCUAAUGAAGGUUCACUGUGUCUUGAAAGCUGUGAGCUGGAAGCAGUGCUUUCCGACAUUUAUUUUGCCUCGAACAAGAAAAAUCAUACAAACAUCGACGUUGAUUUCGCUGCUGAACUAAUGCUCAAUUUUUUGUAUAAUGUUUUCGAUAAGGACAGAAAAGGAAAAAUUCAAGUUAUGUCGACUAAACUGACUUUGGCAAUUUUGAGUAAUUGUGAUUUGCAAGAAGUAUAUAGAUACAUUUUUCAGCAAUUUUCUGAUCAUAAUAACUGCAUAACUCGCCAAAGAUUACAUUCUUUUUUAUUAAAAAUAAUCGAAAUUACUAAAUAUCUACACGAAUAUGCAAGCUAUGGUCCAAAGUUGAUAAAUAUAUCAGUGGAAAAUUGUUUUCUAAACUCUCCCGGCUUUGUAGGCAUAAACGAAUCUACGUUUAUAUUAUGGGCAGAAAACCAACCAAAAAUACUCAAUUGGAUCCCGAUUCUUAACAGAAUAAAAAUGGCAGAACCAACCUUACAUUCGAUCAAAUGCACGUCCUGCAAAACCAACCCAGUUCUUGGAUUACUGUAUAAAUGUACAAAAUGUAGGCGCUAUACUCAAUGCCAAAGAUGUUUCUUCACAGGUCGAAUUACCAGCUCCCAUAAACUUUCUCAUUCGAUGCGGGAAUAUUGCACAGUAGUGGGAACAAGUUAUAGCAAGAAUAAAUUAUUCGAUAAACUUCGUAAAAUUAUACCUUGUAGUCGAAAUGGUCAAACGGUCGUUGUAGAUGCAAAACCAAUGAGCAAUGAUCAGGAUUGUAUCGUGACCACAGAUAAAAAAGAAGUUUGCGAUAUUAAACCGAUGUCUUCGCCGCACGCUCAAUUGGCUCUUAUUAUAAAACGAUUGGAAAUGCAAAACAAAGAACUUCAGCAAUUUUUAUUUACGGAAAAUUUGAAAGAAAAAGAAGUUAUGAGGUACUUGGAGGAGCAUAGGAUACACAUUAACGCACAAAUAGAUAAAUUAAAAACGUUAAAGAAUUGUAUAAGCUCUAAUAACGUUUCUCCCAAUCUCACUUUUCGCAAAUCAACCAAGAAAAGGAUUGCGGAGUCAACUCCAGUUAUUAGAAAUACUUACAAAAUAGAUCGAUCUGAAACGAAAUCUAUAGACAUACUGAGUCCUAUAGCUUCAGGUGCUGAUACUGUAGAAAAUGUCGAUGAUAAUUACGAAGGAGUUCAUCAUACUGAAGAUACAAGCGGAGAUUUUAUAGAAGAUAAAAGCUCUGCAUACGGCAUUGAUGACAUUAGUACAUGGAUAGGGGGACCCCCAAACAACGGGCUAAAGAUGAACAUGAUAACCAAAUCUGUUUCUAAAACAUCUCCUGGUGAACUCCAUAAUAAUUUAGAUGAAGCCUUAGCGAAACUUCAACAAAUAUUAGCCAACAAUUUUUGUUUAGAUGAAUCUCUAGGUCAUAUAGACAAUACCAAUUUGAAGUAUGCAAUGUCAGAAGUCGAGGGUAUGCUGACAUCUUUCAUAGAUACCGUAGAAAACAGUAGAGCCAGUUCUAUAAGGUCAAAGAAAAAACAAGAGGAAAUUGGUGUUGCAGUUUAAUAUAUUUUCGGUAUACAUUUCUUCACGUAGUUUCGGAGGGCUAUAAACUUUCCUGGAAUCACCAUGAGGAUCCGUUGCAAUAUUUAUUUCAUAAAGCAGAAAGAAUUAAUAAAUUCUGUGUCAAUCCAGAAGUAUAAAUUCUAUUAUUCUUAUCGAUUGACUGUUUAUAUUUUUCCUAUGACAAGUGGAUAAUAAAAUUCAAUUAAAUUUGAGCAAAAAA